GUAAUUAAUCAGUAAUUAAUAAGAUUCAGGUCGGCCGAGGUAAAAGGAGAACAUUUUGCUCGAAUCAAGGUAGAUUUUCAACUAGAAUUCCGCCGAAGCCGAAAUCAGAGAAGAAAAUAUCUAUCAAGAAUUUUUGAUCCCGAUCUGCAAGGCUUUCCCGCAUUUUAAAUCUCUUAAUGCUUCGAGCUAUGUUUGGAGGUGGGAAUAGAUUAUUGAAGCAUUCAAGAGGAACAAAGAAAAUCCAGUCUCCAGUUUUCAUUGCAUUGCUGAUUUUGGUAAUAGUUGCAUUGGUGUUCUUCUUUGGAAACAAUGGUGAUAGGUCUAGUUUGAUGCCUGACUUGGAUAACCAGAAAUGGAAUAGCUUCGACUCGUUGGUUCGAUUGGAUCCAUCUGUGGAAUUGAGGAAUGGAACUGAUUUGAUAUGGCAGAUUCCUGACUCUGACUCACCCAAGGGCAUUCUGUUCUUGGCUCACGGCUGCAGCGGUAGGGCGGCUAAUUUCUGGGAUAAGUCUCCAAAGUGUCUGCAUUGUGUUGGUUUACCUGAAGAGAGGCUCAUUGUGCUUCAUGCUCUGGCUAGAGGAUUUGCUGUGUUUGCCAUAUCGAGUAAAGGUGUAUGCUGGUCGUUGGGGGAGGAGCGUUUGAUCGUCAGAAGCAUGAUCCGGUGGUGGAUCUCUGAGCAAAAGAUGGAGAAGCUGCCUGUAUACGCGAUGGGAGCUUCUUCUGGUGGAUACUUUGUCUCUGCUCUUGCUGCAGAGUUCCAUUUCAGAGCUAUUGCCUUGAUGAUUGCAGAAGGGGUGUUCAGUCAUUUGGAUAUAACCAAGAAGUACCCAGCUACGCUCUUCGUGCACAUGCCCAAAGAUGAGAAACGAAGCCGGAAGAUUGAGAAGUAUCUGGUGGUGAUGAGGGAGAAGGGUAUCGACGUUGCAGAAGUUAAAUGUGUGGAAUUCCCCUUGACACCUCAGUUUUUUGCCAACAGAAUCCCAGGUCUCAGUCCAAAUUUGUCGGUGAAGUUGUUCGACGUUUUCCAGGAUAAGGGCUUUAUUGACGAGAACGGUUACAUGAGGGAUGACGGGCGUGUGAUACCGUGGAAAACAGCCAUUGAGGAGAGGAAUAUUUUCCUCCCAAAGAAAGCAUUGGUCAAUCAUAUUCAGGAGGAGAUGAAUCUUGCAUUUGCUUAUCAUGAAAUGACUAGCUUGCAGUCUCAGGAAAUCCUUGACUGGUUUGAAUCUCAUUAGAGGAGCUGACGAGCAAUCGACCUUGUUACCGGUUUCCCCGUUCCUCGUCCCAGAAAAGUGAUGACAGUUUGGAUGACGCGAUACCAGAGAGGAACUCAGGCUCGGAACCGGGAUGCAUAAAUCGAGCAGAUUUGAUCAGUCUACCAAUUUUGGUGAGGUGUGGAAGCAGGAGUGUGUACCCAGUUUAGUAUGAAGCUGUGCAGAUUGUAUCUUAUAUAGUUGGAUGAUUUUUUACCAAAUAUGGUGGAGUUUCAGGGUCUUUUCUUCUUGAAUUAUGCAUGGAGAUCUUAACAA